GUAUAUUAUCCUUGACGGGUCAAUGAUGAAAUGCUUUAAAGGUGAAAGAAAGAACCGAACACUCAGGAGGUGCACAUAGCAGCACAUGGACGACGAGAUGUGAAAACUUAAAAUAUUAAUAAUAAAAAAAACGAAGCGGUCAUGAACCUUAACCCCAAGCACUUAGCUCUGCGGCUUUGCAAAGCGGUGGACGCCGGGGAGCCCAGGGAGGUGGAAAGGCUCCUGUCCCAAGGUGCAGAUCCCUGUCUAGUGCUGAAGAGAGGUGUUGCUGCUAUGCACUUGGCAGCUGGCAAGGAAACAGAAAAGAGAAUCCGCUGCUUGAAACUGCUGCUGCAGCAUGGGGGAGAUCCAAAUAUCAGGUCUGCAGAGCAGUUAACACCUUUGCAUGUUGCUGCCCUAUGGGGUUGCUACCAGAACCUGAAACUGCUCUUGCAGAAUGGAGCUGACCCGACUUUGUUAGACCAGGAUGGACAAGGGGCUGCUGAACUAGCAAGCCAGCAAGGAAAUGUGAGAUGUGCCAGUCUAUUGCAAGAAUACCUUUGUUAUAGUAAUUUUGAGUCUGAAAAAGAAGAGCAACCGAUGUUUCAAUACUCUUUUUAUCAAAGCCACGGCAGAGAUAGCAUCUUCUUGCCGGACCUUUCCCGAUGUAAUCUGUCUGAGGAGGACAUCAGAGGCAUGACUGUCUUAAGUGGUCCACUGAGCAGCACCCGAAGAUCUCUGGAAGAUUUACCUCCCCUGAAUCUCUCCAGCAUCAGUACCACAAGUAGUCAGCCCAUUUUGGAAGACAGGUCUGCAUUCCCUGAAAAGCAAAGAAAUUCUAAAAAAGAUCUGGGCCACCCUCAAACCUGUGGUCUCUCCAGUGCUGGCUGUUGCCUCACUGGCCGACAAAUGGAGAAUGUUUUAUGUAACAUUCCGGAAAAUACAGCCUUAUCAGAUUCUUUAAGCAAGUCUAAAUUUGCACAGCAUUCUGCUGAUGCUACUGAUGUUAUUAAUAAUCUCCCAGAAAAGGUGAAGAAGACAAAUUCUGAUGUCUCCAUGACUAGACGAAAGAGUGUAAGUUUUAAGUUCAAUGAUGAAUACUUGUCUCCGCCAAAGCACUUGCAUGUACCCUGUGAGGAGAAUCACUUGUGUCUUGCAGACACCACCACUGAGGACUUUGCCAAAUAUUCAGAAUUCUUCAAUUUUGAAAGGCUGGCUACAGUCUCAAAUACUCAAGGCAUUGAUGCCACAUCUCCAGAUCAUGUCUUCAUUUACUGCAGGGAUGAGAAUGGCUGCGAUCCUAACCUCGACAAAACUAUAGCAGGAAACUUUUUAGUGGGUGAUAAAGAAGAGGAGAAUAUGGGUCAUGAAGAAGUACUGCUUGAGAAUAAACCCCAACCUACAAGAGAAGCAGCUUUAGGUUCAGCAGUAAGUAGCAGCUCCAGUGGCAGCAGAAGCAGCCAAUACAGUAGUUGUGAAAGUGAAAGUUACCAGACUGCAGUGGAGACCUCUGUGUGCUAUGGAACUCCAUCAGCUGAGCACGGCAAAUGUUUGUUUAGUCCAUUGACCCCUCGUGUGCAGAAAUAUAGAUGUGCUUCUAAUGGGUGCAUGGCUUUUCAGAGUCCCGCAACUCAUAUGAGAGCGGACCAAUGUAUAGCAGAAGGCAACACACACUGUAUGCAUCCAGCUAUUAGCUUAUCGCAAAGUAAAGUGGAGACGUCCACUACAUCUGCAAGCAGUAGUGGACUAAGUCAAGGUACUGUGUGUUGCACUCCUGAAACCAUUCCUGUUACAACAAGAUGUAGCCCAGUGUCUGAUGAACCCGAUUUGAGUGAUCUGUUGUCUAAUUUAUUGCUGUCAACAAAGGGGCCUCAGCAGAAAUACUCUCACCUGGAGGACAAUGUAUGUUCAGAUGUAAAUACUACUUCUGAAGAUGAUCUCUGUAGUAAAGACAUUAGCCUAAAAAGUGUGAGUAGGAAGCUUAUUAAGGAAAGCCCACAUGUGCCUACAUCACAAGAUACAUAUUUUGAAGAAGUAGAGGCGGGCGAUGAUUCAUCAAAGCCUUUGACACCAUCUUCAUUCAUCACAGGAAGAACUAAGGCUAGACAAAGCCAGUGUUCUCUUAGGUACUCCAGCACUGAUACUUCUGCCUGCUCCUCCCUUUUUGACGAAACCCUUCCCAUGCCUGUACGUCUUCACCGUCGAAACCUUCGAGGUACCCCAGUCCAGGACAAUGAAAUUGGGAACAAAAAGUGGAGAAGAUCCAAAAGUCUUAAUGAGAUGGAUCUGUGUAAUCAAAGUUUUAAUGCUGGAAUUACAUGUUGCCAAUCAAACCCUGGAAUUGUUAAAGGAUUUAUUAAUAGCCAGGCCAGCACCAUCAUAGUUGACCGAGGUGUUGGUGAUAGUCAAGCUAGCACUGUUUUGGUUGACCGAGGCAUUAGUGAUAGUCAGGCCAGCACUGUUUUGGUUGACCGAUAUGUUAGUGAUAGUCAGGCCAGCACUGUUUUGGUUGACCGAGGCAUUAGUGAUAGUCAGGCCAGCACUGUUUUGGUUGACCGAUACGUUAGUGAUAGUCAGGCCAGCACUGUUUUGGUUGACCGAGGUAUUAGUGAUAGUCAGGCCAGCACUGUUUUGGUUGACCGAGGUAUUAAUGAUAGUCAGGCCAGCACUGUUUUGGUUGACCAAGGUAUUAAUGAUAGUCAGGCCAGCACUGUUUUGGUUGGCCGAGGUAUUUGUGAUAGUCAGAUCAGCACUGUUUUGGUUAACCGAGGUAUUAGUGAUAUGAAGGGUAUCACUAUGGUGAUUGACCAAGGUGCCAGAGAUAAUCAAUCAAGCACUGUGUCGUUUGAUCAUGGAGUCCAUGACAGUCAGGCCAGCACUACACUGACUGGCCAAGGUGAUGCAAGAUAUCAAGACAAUAGUAUAAGUGCUCUCCAGGUUAAUUACAGUACUCAGGGCAUCACUGCAAAUGGGCAUGGUAGUGUUAAAUACCAAAUCAACAAACAGGAAUGUCAAGUCAAAGAAAUCAAGAUAGAUGAUGAUUUUUGCAUUUAUCAAAAAGUGUCAUCAAAUUCUGCGCAAGAUUCUGAUUCAGCUGACAGUUCUGCUAAAGUUAGUUUAGUUGGAGCAGAGACUACUGGUCACUUUUCUAAUGAAAAUAAUUUCUUGACAAGUGAUUUGUCUUCUAGUAGUGAUGCAUUAAACUGUAUCCCAAAGCAGUGCUUUAUGGCAAAUGGAAUGUUCCAGAAUCUCAAAGAUACAAACCAUACUAGCCUUUGGUUUACAGAAGAUGACGAAAGUACUCAAAAUGAAGACAAUAUCGGAAAAGAGUCCAUGCCUCACCCUGUGAAGCUUUCUAAUUUCCCUUUAGUUUCUUCUAAACAUCUACCAAGGUACAGCACCAGUCGAGUGUCUGGCUGCCCACCACUUCAAGAUAAACCUACCUGUGAUUUGUCUUUCUCUCCUGGUGGUCGUCCUGUGGUUGUGGGUAUGGCCGAGCCAGUGGAAUUCUUAUAUACCGAUACAGAGGAAGGCCACACUCUAAUUGAGUCCCAUGUACCACCCACCACUAGCAACUCCUCCAGGUCUGAAGAUUCUCAAAAUGAAGAAACUGUACUGUGUGACUGGAAAAGCUUUCAGAAAAGCCCCGAGAAGGGAAAAGAAAACAAUUCUGAAGCAACCCUUGGCAGGCUUACAAAUAUUCAGCUCCGUCGCAAGCUACAAGAACUAGGAGAGAACCCGGGACCAGUCAAUCGUUCAACUCGAUCGCUCUAUCUGCAGCAGCUUUCUCGACUACUGAAGGACCAGCAGCACCACGACAAAAAAGGACCUCAAACUUCUUCAGUGUAUAGCCCAGAACUGGUUGCCUGUCUGGAGUCUUUCACUCUGCCCAACUGCUAUGCUGAUGAGAUGGAACUGUGCCAACAGUUUGAUCGCCCUGACCAGAACAGAAAAUGGAGAGAAGGGGUGAUUAAAUCCAGUUUCAACUAUCUUCUUUUGGACCCUAGAGUGACUAAGAACUUGCCAUCCUAUGGGCAGACAAUAAACACUGGCGUGUGCUUCCAGACCUUCAUCAGUGCCAUUUUUUAUGUGGGAAAGGGAAAACGUACUCGACCCUACUCCCACUUGUAUGAGGCCCUGGAGUAUUACAGAGGAGAGAAGAUGGCCAAGAAAUUAUGCUCAAAGGUGGAGCAUAUUCUGCAGAUUUGGGCUGGUGGACAUGGUGUGAUUUCCCUGCACUGUUUCCAAAAUGUCAUCCCUGUGGAAGCGUACACUCGGGAGGCCUGCAUGGUGGAUGCCAUUGGUCUAAAGAUGCUGACCAAUCAGAAGAGAGGAGACUAUUAUGGAGUUGUGGCCACCUGGCCAAUGAAACGUCGACGCCAGCUGGGCGUGCAUCUGCUGUAUAGAGCUAUGCAGAUCUUCAUGGCUGAAGGAGAGCGACAGUUGCAUCCAGCGGAUAUACGACAGUGAAUUCAACUCUGGUUCUAUUCUCAGGAUCUGUAGUGGUAUACUGUGUAUAUAUUUAUUUGUUUUUACAACUGGAUUUUCAAUCCUGGGCCAACUUCUUUUGGGCAAGGAUUGUUUUAAUAGAAUGUUUUUUUUUUUCUUUCGUGGGAAAGAAAGAGACACUAAAUUUUUGUUUUCUUGGUAUUCAGCCUUUUGGAAUCCAUUCAGAUGUUUUUAUGCACCUUAACUCUUCGGGGGAAUACUUUUUAGCAUGGCUAUGAACUUCAUAUUUCUUUUUUAUGGACUCGGUCGUCAAUGUUAUUUUCACAAUUUCCUUUUUGGGGUGGAUCUGUUUCUGACUUAAACUGAAUUUCUGGAUUAUCGCUGUCUCUGUCAAGAAUCGGUUGUCAUUUUCUUUUGACAACUCAAGAAAUAUUUUCUCAAUGUUUUCACUUGUGAUUAGGUUGUCAAAAAUAGACUCUUAACUUUAACAAAAUUAUGAAAUUUAAAAAUCAAAUAAAACAAAACAGAUUUAACAAGACAUGGUGGUAUGCCUAUUCACAAAACAGAGACCUGUUAGAAGUGAUAUAUAUAGUUUUUUUGGUGUCUCUCUGGAAUCAUUUGUUUUUAAUUGUCCAGGAACACAAGAAGUGGCCAAAAUGUGGAAACAUCAAUAGAAAGCUGCUUAAUAAGGUGUUAUAGCAUAAUGGAACAGAAUCUUACAAGAGGGAUGGC